UCCGCCUACAGGAAGGAAGAGCCGGCGCGCCGGCGCGCUCCCUGAUUUCGAUUGUGCAUCCCGCAGGCAAAGUUGUGUCAGUUGCUGGUACACAUUCCAUAGAUCAUGGGGGAUUCAGUGCCUCAAGAGAAAGGGCCAUGGUAUUCACAAAAAGUCUAUGCAAGAUACUGGAAACAUUACAACCAAGCCAUGGAGUGGAUGUACAGGCACCAAAAUGCCUACAGGAAAGCCAUGGAGUCCUUGUACAACCUACCAUUUUGUCCUUCUGAAAAUCAUUCCAGCAGACGCUACCCUGACUGGGAUGAAGGUGAUCCCUUGAGGGCUGGAUCCUAUCAGGCCUUCACCCAAGGCAGUAAAGCCUGGCUCCCUCCCGAGCCUCAACAUAGCCCUCAUAAUACCAGUAGAAGAGAGGAAGUGGAGAGGGAUUCUGAAAUGGAGACAGAAUCUGAAGAUGAAAGGGACAUAGAGUAUGACCUGAGCAAUAUGGAAAUUACUGAAGAGCUCCGCCAGUAUUUUGAACAGACCGAGAGGCAUCGGGAAGAGCUCCGAAAACAGCAGCAGCUUGAGGCGGAACACCAAGCCACGUACGUUGAAGCUGACCAUGACCUUCACCUAUCAACAGGUCGAUCGGUACAGCCCCCAUCUGAGAAGCCUGGCAAGAGGAGAGUGGCUGAAAUGAAAAAACUCUAUGGUGUGAGCGCCAGCAAAAUCCAAGCUAUGGAGACCUCUAUGCAGCUCAGCUUUGAUAGGAAUUGUGAUAAAAAGCAGCCCAAGUACUGGCCAAUUAUUCCUCUGAAACUCUGAGUUGUGUGUCCCUAUCUCUUUUAGGAGACUCAGGGCUUCAUGUCUCAACCAAGCAGAAAGAUUCAGUGAAUGAAUCAAGAGUCAGCAAAACCCCAUUUUUUAUUUUCCUUUCCUCUUUCCAACUCAAUUUGAAUUUGUCUGCCAGUUUCCAGAGUCCAUUCCAGCCCAACAGGAAAAACUGAAUUAGCCUAUUCUAGGGGAUAGGGAAAAUACUGUUUUUAAAAUAUUUUCAACUAACUUAGUUUUGGCUUGCCUUGGCCUUGCAGGAAAUGAGGAGUAGCAUUUGUUUUCACUUAGCUGUGUUGGGGAAAAGGUUAAAGACUAUCCAAGGUGGUAAAUUGGUCCAAUCAAAAAUAAAAUCUGUUUUUAAUGUCAUACUAGUUUUGCCCUAGAUUUUAAAUGUGGCUCCUUUUUUGUCACUGUAACUGAUAUUCUGGAGGUAGCUGUUGGCCAAGAUACAAUAUAUUCAAUAACUAUAGAUUAGCUGUUUGAGUUCUUUCUCAGACAUUGUGCUAGUAGAGGAAAAUUCUGUUCUAGACUGAAACCUGGCCUCUAAUGUUUCAGCUCAGAAGAAAACGUGUAUACAACUUUUUUUCCUUUUUCCUAUUAAUUUUCUUUGCUAUGUGAUUAGGCAAUAAACAUAUAUGAGAUUAA